CUCACCCCAGCACGCCUCAGCCCGCAUUCCGCCACCCACGCGACUGAUCGACCGACGACUUCCCCAUUCCCGCCCCGCAACCCGCAGGGCUCUGGGUUCGGAGGAACCGAGGGCGGGGGACCUCCGACCGGGCCGGGCGACAUGUUGGGCGACCUCCUCUCCAGGAUCCUCCUGCUCCUGUUCGGCUACGCCAUGCCGGCGUUCGAGUGCUUCAAGACGGUCGAGGCGCGCCCCAACGACGCCCGCAUGCUGCGCUUCUGGUGCCAGUACUGGAUUAUCGUGGCCAUGGUGAUAGCUGUUGAGAGCGUGAUCUCUUGGAUGCCAAUGUAUUCAGAAAUGAAGCUAGCUUUCUUUGUGUACCUGUGGUACCCCAAAACUAAGGGAAGUGACGUUGUAUAUGACACCUUUCUUCGCCCCAUAGUUAUGCAAUAUGAACCGAACAUCGAGCAGAGAUUGUUCCAUCUAAGGGCAAAAUCUGGGCAGUUAAUUUCCUUCUACAUGAAGAAUUUUGCGGAUAAAGGAACAGCCUUCUUCAUGGAUGUCCUCCGUUAUGUCGUAUCUGAGAAACCUGAAGGAUCCAAUGCAGAGCAAAGGAGCAAGAAGUCCGGCUGGAGCCCCUUCGCGACCAAGCGCCGACCACCAUCUCCGCCGCCGGAGCCCCUCUUCGACAGCAACCCGGACGCCGCGGUGCUAGCCGAGGCCCUGCGUGGCGCCAUCGGUGCAAAGCCCCGGCGUGCGCCCAACGACAAGCAUUACUAGAGGGAAUUAUUAAGAGCGAUUUUAGGGAUGAUUGUUUGUACAUAGAAUGAAUGAACGAAUCAAUCAAAGGCAGAGGGGGGAAAAGAGUUAGUACAUAGCAAAAUCCAGCAAUACAUUCACCAUUGUGAAGAACGGAUGGAUGGAUUUGUACCUAGUACGGUUCAAGUAAAUCUGAUAUGAUGGAAAUGGUUAGUUUUUAUUGCGUCG